GAUUUUAAUAAGGCAAUCGAACACCAUGAGCGUGACCUACAAAUUGCAAAAGAAGUGGGGGAUAAAGCUGGAGAAGGACGGGCUUAUGGAAAUCUUGGCAAUGCCUAUCACAGGUUAAGCGAUUUUCAUAAGACAAUCGAGUACCAUGAGUGUGACCUAAAAAUUGCAAAAGAGGUGGGGGAUAAAGCUGGAGAAGGAGGGGCUUAUGGAAAUCUUGGCAAUGCCUAUGACAGCUUAGGCGAUUUUCAUAAAGCAAUCGAGUACCAUGAGUGUCACCUACAAAUUGCAAAAGAGGUGGGGGAUAAAGCUGGAGAAGGAGGGGCUUAUGGAAAUCUUGGCAAUGCCUAUCGUAGCUUAGGCGAUUUUCAAAAGGCAAUCGAGUACCAUGAGUGUCAUCUACAAACUGCAAAAGAAGUGGGGGAUAAAGCUGGAGAAGGAGGGGCUUAUGGAAAUCUUGGCAAUGCCUAUGAGAGCUUAGGCGAUUUUCAUAAGUCAAUCGAGUACCAUGGGCGUCGUCUACAAAUUGCAAAAGAGGUGGGGGAUAAAGCUGGAGAAGGAAGGGCUUAUGGAAAUAUUGGCAAUGCCUAUCAGAGCUUAGGCGAUUUUCAUAAGUCAAUCGAGUACCAUGAGCGUCAUCUACAAAUUGCAAAAGAGGUGGGGGAUAAAGCUGGAGAAGGACGGGCUGAUGGAAAUCUUGGCAAUGCCUAUCAGAGCUUAGGCGAUUUUCAUAAGGCAAUCGAGUACCGUGAGCAUCAUCUACAAAUUGCAAAAGAGGUGGGGGAUAAAGCUGGAGAAGGAGGGGCUUAUAGAAAUCUUGGCAAUGCCUAUCAGAGCUUAGGCAAUUUUCAUAAGGCAAUCGACUACCAUGAGCGUCAUCUACAAAUUGCAAAAGAGGUGGGGGAUAAAGCUGGAGAAGGACGUGCUUAUGGAAAUCUUGGCAAUGCCUAUCACAGCUUAGGCGAUUUUCAUAAGGCAAUGGAGUACCAUGAGCGUCUUCUACAAAUUGCAAAAGAGGUGGGGGAUAAAGCUGGAGAAGGACAGGCUUAUGGAAAUCUUGGCAAUGCCUAUGACAGCUUAGGCGAUUUUCAUAAGGCAAUCGAGUACCAUGAGCGUCGUCUACAAAUUGCAAAAGAGGUGGGGGAUAAAGCUGGAGAAGGACGGGCUUAUGGAAAUCUUGGCAAUGCCUAUCGUAGCUUAGGCAAUUUUCAAAAGGCAAUCGAGUACCAUGAGUGUCACCUACAAAUUGCAAAAGAAGUGGGGGAUAAAGCUGGAGAAGGAGGGGCUUAUGGAAAUCUUGGCAAUGCCUAUGACAGCUUAGGCGAUUUUCAUAAGGCAAUCGAGUACCAUGAGCGUCAUCUACAAAUUGCAAAAGAGGUGGGGGAUAAAGCUGGAGAAGGAGGUGCUUAUGGAAAUCUUGGCAAUGCCUAUCAGAGCUUAGGCGAUUUUCAUAAGGCAAUCGAGUACCAUGAGCGUCAUCUACAAAUUGCAAAAGAGGUGGGGGAUAAAGCUGGAGAAGGACAGGCUUAUGGAAAUCUUGGCAAUGCCUAUCAGAGCUUAGGCGAUUUUCAUAAGGCAAUCGAGUACCAUAAGCGUCAUCUACAAAUUGCAAAAGAGGUGGGGGAUAAAGCUGGAGAAGGAGGGGCUUAUGGAAAUCUUGGCAAUGCCUAUCACAGCUUAGGCGAUUUUCAUAAGGCAAUCGAGUACCAUGAGCGUCAUCUACAAAUUGCAAAAGAGGUGGGGGAUAAAGCUGGAGAAGGACGGGCUUAUGGAAAUCUUGGCAAUGCCUAUCACAGCUUAGGCGAUUUUCAUAAGGCAAUGAAGUACCACGAGUGUGACCUACAAAUUGCAAAAGAGGUGGGGAAUAAAGCUGGAGAAGGACGGGCUUAUGGAAAUCUUGGCGAUGCCUAUCACAGCUUAGGCGAUUUUCAUAAGGCAAUCGAGUACCAUGAGCGUCUUCUACAAAUUGCAAAAGAAGUGGGAGAUAAAGCUGGAGAAGGAGGGGCUUAUGGAAGUCUUGGCAAUGCCUAUCAGAGCUUAGGCGAUUUUCAUAAAGCAAUCGAGUACCAUGAGUGUCACCUACAAAUUGCAAAAGAGGUGGGGGAUAAAGCUGGAGAAGGACGGGCUUAUGGAAAUCUUGGCAAUGCCUAUGACAGCUUAGGCGAUUUUCAUAAGGCAAUCGAGUACCAUGAGUGUGACCUACAAAUUGCAAAAGAAGUGGGGGAUAAAGCUGGAGAAGGAGGGGCUUAUGGAAAUCUUGGCAAUGCCUAUCAGAGCUUAGGCGAUUUUCAUAAAGCAAUCGAGUACCAUGAGUGUCACCUACAAAUUGCAAAAGAAGUGGGGGAUAAAGCUGGAGAAGGAGGGGCUUAUGGAAAUCUUGGCAAUGCCUAUCACAGCUUAGGCGAUUUUCAUAAGGCAAUCGAGUACCAUGAGCGUCUUCUACAAAUUGCAAAAGAAGUGGGAGAUAAAGCUGGAGAAGGAGGGGCUUAUGGAAAUCUUGGCAAUGCCUAUCACAGCUUAGGUGAUUUACAUAAAGCAAUCGAGUACCAUGAGUGUGACCUACAAAUUGCAAAAGAAGUGGGGGAUAAAGCUGGAGAAGGACGGGCUUAUGGAAAUCUUGGCAAUGCCUAUCACAGCUUAGGCGAUUUUCAUAAGGCAAUCGAGUACCAUGAGCGUCUUCUACAAAUUGCAAAAGAAGUGGGGGAUAAAGCUGGAGAAGGACGGGCUUAUGGAAAUCUUGGCAAUGCCUAUCACAGCUUAGGUGAUUUUUAUAAAGCAAUCGAGUACCAUGAGUGUCACCUACAAAUUGCAAAAGAGGUGGGGGAUAAAGCUGGAGAAGGAGGGGCUUAUGGAAAUCUUGGCAAAGCCUAUCGUAGCUUAGGCAAUUUUCAAAAGGCAAUCGAGUACCAUGAGUGUCACCUACAAAUUGCAAAAGAAGUGGGGGAUAAAGCUGGAGAAGGAGGGGCUUAUGGAAAUCUUGGCAAUGCCUAUGACAGCUUAGGCGAUUUUCAUAAGGCAAUCGAGUACCAUGAGCGGCAUCUACAAAUUGCAAAAGAGGUGGGGGAUAAAGCUGGAGAAGGAGGGGCUUAUGGAAGUUUUGGCAAUGCCUAUCGGAGCUUAGGCGAUUUUCAUAAGGCAAUCGAGUACCAUGAGCGGCAUCUACAAAUUGCAAAAGAGGUGGGGGAUAAAGCUGGAGAAGGAGGGGCUUAUGGAAAUCUUGGCAAUGCCUAUCACAGCUUAGGCGAUUUUCAUAAGGCAAUCGAGUACCAUGAGCGUCAUCUACAAAUUGCAAAAGAGGUGGGGGAUAAAGCUGGAGAAGGACGGGCUUAUGGAAGUCUUGGCAAUGCCUAUGACAGCUUAGGCGAUUUUCAUAAGGCAAUGGAGUACCAUGAGCGUCUUCUACAAAUUGCAAAAGAGGUGGGGGAUAAAGCUGGAGAAGGAGGGGCUUAUGGAAAUCUUGGCAAUGCCUAUCGCAGGUUAGGCGAUUUUCAUAAGGCAAUCGAGUACCAUGAGUGUCACCUACAAAUUGCAAAAGAAGUGGGAGAUAAAGCUGGAGAAGGAGGGGCUUAUGGAAAUCUUGGCAAUGCCUAUCAGAGCUUAGGCGAUUUUCAUAAAGCAAUCGAGUACCAUGAGUGUGACCUACAAAUUGCAAAAGAGGUGGGGGAUAAAGCUGGAGAAGGACAGGCUUAUGGAAAUCUUGGCAAUGCCUAUGACAGCUUAGGCGAUUUUCAUAAGGCAAUCGAGUACCAUGAGUGUGACCUACAAAUUGCAAAAGAAGUGGGAGAUAAAGCUGGAGAAGGAGGGGCUUAUGGAAAUCUUGGCAAUGCCUAUCAGAGCUUAGGCGAUUUUCAUAAAGCAAUCGAGUACCAUGAGUGUGACCUACAAAUUGCAAAAGAGGUGGGGGAUAAAGCUGGAGAAGGACGGGCUUAUGGAAAUCUUGGCCAUACGUACUUUCUACUUAAUGAUACGUCUAAAGAUCGAGGAUCGUUUUCGAAUGCCCUUGACUGCUUUAUUUCCAGUUUGUCAAAGCUCAAUGAAAUUAGGGCUCAUCUCCGGUUUAAAGACGAGUGGAAAAUUAGCUACCGCGAUACGUAUAAUAGUGUAUACAAUAGUUUGUGGCGCCUGCAUUUAAGCCAAGGUGAAUUUAAUGAUGCCUUGCGUGUUGCUGAGGAUGGACGGGCGCAGGCUCUAAAAGAUCUCAUGGAAGAAAAUUAUGGGUGUCAAGAGGUAUACUCUUGGUCUCAUUCCUCAGAAGUGUCAACUGGUCCCUCUCCUAGAUCCAUUCCUUCGACAACAGUUUUCAUAGCUCUCAAUGAACAAGAAAUCAUUUUCUGGGUUAUAAGGAAAGACGAAGAAGUCACCUUGAGGAGAAGAGAGGUGGGAGAUGUUUUAGAAGAAGACGUGAGAACCUUCCUUUCGACUCUACACCGGACGAAAUUGGACGAAAUUGAUCUUCCUAGUGGCGUCAAAAUCGAAAAUCGCUCGCUUGAUGAGUCAUGCGAGGCGGGGCGCACGACUGAAAGGGCCCCUGUCAGAGUUUCUCGGCCUGUUUCAUCAAAGGAGAGCUUAAAGAGGUUUUUUGACCUUAUAAUUGCUCCUAUUGCUGACCUGGUCCAUGGAGAUGACCUCAUUCUUGUUCCGGAAGGUCCAUUGUGUUUGUUACCCUAUGCAGCACUGAUGAACCCAAAGGAGGAGUAUCUGUGUGAGUCUCUGAGGAUCAGAUUGAUUCCGUCCUUGACUACUUUGAAAUUAAUUACUGACUGUCCAGCUGACUUCCACAAUAAGACAGGUACCCUUCUCGUGGGAGAUCCGUACGUAGAGGAAGUUCUCUAUAAAGGGAAAAAGUUGUGUGAGCUGCCAUAUGCGAAGAAAGAAGUAGAGAUGAUUGGAAGAAUCCUAGGAACCCAUCCUCUCAUCGGAGAAGAGGCGACUAAAGGAGAGGUCUUGGAGCGACUAUCCACGGUUGCUUUAGUGCACAUCGCCGCACAUGGCAAAAUGGGAACAGGAGAAAUUGCUUUGGCCCCAAACCCUGCUCGGGAAUCUCAUCAUCCUGAGGAGAAAGACUUUUUAUUGACGAUGGCGGAUGUGUUGGCAGCUACGCUGCGGGCUAGACUGGUUGUAUUGAGUUGCUGUCAUAGCGCUGAUGGAGAAAUAAAGGCUGAGGGGGUAGUUGGCAUUGCUCGAGCAUUUUUAGGUGCUGGGUCUCGUUCCGUUGUGGUAUCCCUGUGGGCGGUUGAUGACGAGGCCACUUUCCAGUUCAUGAAACAUUUUUAUAAAGAGUUAGUUAAAGGGAGGAGGGUCAGUGAAGCUCUUAAUCAAGCUAUGAAAUGUAUGAGGGAGUCUGGAGAGUUCAGCGAAGUAAAGUGCUGGGCACCAUUUGUUCUCAUUGGGGAUGAUGUCACUCUGGAAUUGAGUGGAACUGAUUUAGUCUAG